AUGCGAGAGUGGCCGGACGAAGGGUUGACGGUCGAGAGAUUGGUGGAGACGCUCGUGUCGAGAGGGGCGCUUCGCGCGGAUGAGCGCGCGGCGCUCAGGCAGCGCGCGAAACGCGUCGGCGAGGAUUGGACGCGGUAUGCGCAAGCCGAGGAUCGCGCGGUCUUAAAGCUACGAAGGAAGUUGGUAAAGGGCGAGGACAUUCGCGCGAAUGCGUUGAAGCUGCCGAAAAUCGACUCGACGUCGAUAAAAGAUUGGACCAAGUCGGAUUGGGAACGCUUCUUCAAGGUGGUUUUGGCGUCCGUCAUCGGCGGUGCCGCGUUAUUUGCGAGCGGAGGGACCGCGACACCGGCGCUAGUGGCGGCAAUGCACGGACUCGGGCUCGGUGCUGAAGCGUUUUCAGCGUUCGGUGGUUUGCAAUGUAUGCUCGGCGUCACCGGCGCGUCGCUGUGCGCGCAAAAGAUGGCGAAUCGCACCAAGACUGAGCUUGAAAACUUCGACCUCAUACCGCUUCGCGGCGCGCAUAAAUCGUAUGCCAUGCAUAUAUUCGUUCCUGGGUUUACGCGCGACGACCAUGACUUAUUAGGCGCUUGGGGUGCGACGAACAACCAAUACGUCUCCGUCGUGCCGGAAUCCCGUUCCGUCGUCCCCGACCUGGGCAUCGAGUUCACGAGUGGCGCAGAUGGAUCGAUCAUCGUACAGGCGAAAGACGAUUCAAUCGCCAAGCGUCAUGGUGUUGUUUCUGGAAGCACUCUGCUGUCUUAUCGAUCGGUUAAAAAACCUGGCGAGCCGAGUGUCGUGCUCUCCGAACUCGUCGACAUGCCGACGUCUGACGAAUUGUCGCGAGUGCCGCGCCCAAUCGAGAUUCGACUGCAGCUCCCCGAUCGCGAUGAUGAGCUGAAGAAAGAAAUGAGCGAGCUCGCGAACGAAAUCAAGUCUCAAGUCGGUAAUCAUAGCAAGGAAGAACACUUGCCGACCGCUGAAGCGGCUAUUCGACCCGAGCAACGGCGCUGGGGCAAUCGCACGGGCGAGCAACUCGUGUUGAAUUGGGAGCCGUCUACACUCAAUGAACUCGGCGCGUGCAUGACAUCCUGGAACGAGACGUGCACCGUCAACUUUUACUUAACGCCCGCAGCGUUGGCUAAGACUGCGCUCGGAGGGAUCGCUGACGCUAUCGCUUGGCCGGCGACGCUUCUCUCGAGCGCGGGUUUCAUCGACGAUCCUUGGGCUUUGGUCAAACUGCGCGGAAAAAUCGCGGGCGAAGAACUCGCGCAGAGCUUGUUAGAUGGCCAGCAUGGUCAUCGACCGGUGACGUUCGUCGCGUACAGCGCCGGUGCUUACGUCGUUCAGAGCUGCUUGCAAAAGUUGUACGAAGCCGGCGACAGAGGCAAGAACAUCGUCGACCGCGCAAUCUUCAUCUCGGCGCCGAUUUCUACGUCCAAGGACGUUUGGCAGCCGAUGCGUGAGGUCGUCUCCGGUCGUCUCGUUAACGUCCACUGCCACACGGAUUGGAUUUUGCUUCUCAUGUGGCGCUUCAACAUGCUCGAUCCCAUGACCAGACUCGCGGGCUUGUCCAUCGUCAAGCGCGUGCCGAGCGUGGAAAACUACAACAUUAAAAAUCUCCGUCACGCGCAUCUCCCCGACGAAAUCUCGCGCGUGCUCGAGGAAAUCGACCUUCAAGAGUAA